AUGAAAAGUUUCCCGGGACGGGUGUUGGCCCGUCUAUACAACGCGCCUGUUCUCAGAGUUCACGCUCGUUUUAUAUCUACUGAAGAUUCCUCGAUGGGUGCUUCAGGCUCCCCCGGCCCCCGUCGGGCUCGCAAGUCUGUCCAAGGCGAGUACUCGGACAGUGCAGUUUCCCACCAGCUUCAAGAACAGCUGGACGGUCUUGAUUUAGUACCGUUUGGCUCUAAGCAGAACUUGACCGAGCUCGAACAGCAGGAUCUCAAUAUCAAGAAGCAGCUGCGCCUCGUCAAGACCGCAGUGCGCAUGAAGGUGCCUCGCCCGAUUGCUCCCUCGCUCCGUUGGUACAGAUGGCCGCAGUACCCUUAUUUACACAAAGGCGGCCCCGUCAAGGCUUUGACCGUCACUCGUCACCCGAGUUCUGGUCGUAACAAUACUGGUCGUAUCAUGAUCCGGCACCAGGGUGGUGGUAAGCAACGACGUGUACGCAUUGUGGAUAUGUUUCGGCUGGCAGAGGGUGUCAACACCGUGAAACGUAUUGAGUACGACCCUAAUCGGAGUGCCCAUCUUGCUUUACUCGAAAACGACCAGGGUGCUUUGUCUUAUAUCCCCGCUACCGUGGGUAUGCGGGCUGGUGACGAGGUUGAAAGUUUCCGGCAGGGCGUGCCUCAACGGAUCACAGACGCUAUGGGUGGCUCGGUUGACCCUGGUAUUUUGGCUGGUCUAACAGCCAAGCGUGGUAACUGCUUACCGCUCCGUAUGGUUCCUUUGGGCACUGUUGUUCACAAUAUUGGAAUGACCAAACUCGGUCCUGCAAAGUUCUGCCGGGCUGCUGGUACAUAUGGCCGUCUUUACGAGAAGAUCCCUGAGAGAAACCGUGCAGUCGUCCGCCUUCAGAGUGGCGAAACCCGUUACGUCGCUCUGGACGCUUGUGCUACUAUCGGCAUGGUCUCCAACCCCGACCAUCAGCACCGUUCGUUCGGUAAGGCAGGGCGCUCUCGAAACCUGGGUAUUCGCCCUACUGUUCGUGGUGGUGCGAUGAACAAAUGCGAUCACCCACUAGGUGGUGGUCGUGGUAAAUCUAAGGGUAACAAGAUCCCCGUCUCUCCUUGGGGUGUGAUUGCCAAAAACGGCUUCAAGACCCGCCGGGGUAAAAACGUCAAUCGCAUGGUUAUUCGUGGCCGUCCUCGUGGCAGCCAGGGCGCUAAUUAA